UAUGUCUGUUGUUUCUAUGUCCUUCGUCAUUUUUUUUCCUUCUUUCCUGCUGCUUCUCCACAUGGUCUCAUGAUCAGCAACACAGCAGAACUACUUCCCAGCUCUCCGCCUGCUUCACCCAUGUGUGAAAUCACUGUUAAGCACUGCUGAACCUGCAAGCUCAGCUGCACUAUUGAUUCACAUUGAAACUGAUGAGCACAAAAACUCUAAAACUGUAGACUUAUGUUGUUUUAACAAAGAUCAAGGUGUCAGAGAAAAAAAAAUGCCAGAGAAGAUUUUAUUUUUAUAAUUUUAGGGACAGUCCUAAAUUAAAAUAUAAUAUAAUAUAUAAAUGUUGCUGCUUUCUUCUCAGGCUUGUGUCAGGCGGGAUCCAUCCAAAACACUACGCUUACAUCUUUUUGGACGAGGCAGGCCAAGCUACAGAGACGGAGUGUUGAAUUCCAAUAGCAGGUGGAGUCUCCUGUUUACAAUCAAAUAUUUUUUGGCAAACUCUUUGAUAAUCAAUCAAAAAUGUUCCUGAACUUGAUUUCUUUACAGGUUUACUGGACAACACACGUGCUGUGUUGGCUGGAGACCCAAAACAGCUGGGCCCGGUUGUUAUAUCCAAGAUUGCAGAGGAGCAUGGACUGGGUGUGUCCCUAUUGGAGAGGCUGAUGAGGGACAACUAUCUGUACAAACCUGAUGAGGAUCUUGGGUUUGACAGCCAGUUCAUCACCAAACUGCUGAAGAACUACAGGUCUGAUCAUGGAGAUCUGUUAUCACUUUCAUUUAUUGUCCUGAUUUUUACCUUUCAUUCUGACUUUCUCAGGUCCCAUCCUUCCAUUCUCAAAGUUCCCAAUGACCUGUUUUAUAAUGGAGAACUCCAGCCGUGUGCUUGUCCUAGCCAGUUAUACAAACAAGUGGAGCUUCUGCCCAGAGAGGGUUUCCCAGUUGUCUUCCAUGGUGUAGCCGGCAUCAGCCAACAGCUUAUAGGCUUUCCCUCUUUGUACAACAGAGCAGAGAUUCAAGUCAUAAAGGAUUACUUAAAAUCCCUGAUCAAACACUUCCACCAAAAAAAUGUGAGCCACAUUCAACCAGGAGAAACUGGCAUCAUCUCUCCAUACGGGAAACAAGUGGACAAAAUCCAAAUGGCCAUUCAAAGUGAUGCAGAGCUCAGCAAAGAAAAUCUGGAAAAUGUUGAAGUUGGAACAGUGGAUAAAUUUCAUGGUAAAGAAUUUAGUGUGAUUCUGAUGUCGACAGGCCGCACUUUCCCCAGACUGCUGCACAAGCCGCAUUUUUCGCUGGGCUUUGUCAAAGAUGAGAGGAGGUUCAAUGUGGCAAUGACCCGGGCCCGCUACCUUCUGAUUGUGGUGGGAGACCCACGACUCCUAGUGACUGAGAAGAGCUGGAACAAGUUUAUCCAUUACUGUUUGAAAGAGGGAGCGUACCGUGGCCUCCCUUUCUUUGACAUAACUGAAGACACGCCCACUACUGCACACACACAAGUCCUCAGCGCAGCAUGACGUUCCAACUGCUGGAUUUCAUUGGAGAAAUCAACACAGCUGCCUCACAAUAAAAAUAGGAAAAUAGAACUCAGAACAUCCUAUUCUUGAUUGUCUUUUUCCAGCCAAAUAAUAACCCUUGCCAUCUCCCUAAUGCAUAUAUACAGUUCAUGUUUAGUUUUUUGUCUUGUCUUUAUCUCUAUCUUUAUCUUUAUUCCCAGCUGGUCUAUUAGUCACAA